UCCGUGACCGUCUACUUGGGCGCGACCGUGCGCACCUCCGCCGAGAUCACCCACACCGUGCCCAGAUCCGACAUCAUCAUCCACUCCGGUUGGAACAGCGCUAACCUGCGCAACGACAUCUCCCUGAUCAAGAUCCCCGCCACCUCCUCCAGCAGCAGGAUCUCCGCCGUCAAGCUGCCGAGCAUCGCCAACUCCUACUCGACCUUCGUCGGUGACGUCGCUGUCGCCUCCGGAUGGGGACGCACCAGUGACGCCUUCAGUAGAGUGGCUACCAAUCUUCAGUAUGUCGACCUGACUGUGAUCGCCAACUCAAAGUGCUCCCAAACCUACGGCACCUCGGUCGUUACCGCCUCAACCCUCUGCGUCGGGACCGGUAGCUCCAAGUCCACCUGCAACGGUGACUCCGGCGGUCUUCUGGUCCUCAAGUCGUCCAACGAGCAGAUCGGUCUGACCUCAUUCGGUGCCGCUGCCGGUUGCGAGAAGGGCUACCCCGUUGCCUUCACUCGUGUGACCAGCUACUUGGACUGGAUCAAUACUAAGACUGGUAUCUAGGAAGGAGUCAGGAACUACAAUUUCGCUUAAAAAUAAAAAUCAUUUCUAAAAAA